AUGGCAGACGAUGGUGCGUCGCCUCGCGAGCUGGUCGUCGAGGCCUGUCGUCGUGAUCAACCCCACUUGAUUCAGCAAGUGCUAGAGACGAUGGAGGACAAGUCAAACGAAGAAGUUGCGGAGUUCUUCAACUCUGUCACGGAUUCCAUGGGGAACCAUGCUCUUCACAUCUGUGCCCAAUACGGAAGCUGUACGCUAUCUACCUCUUCUGUUCCGAGCCUUACUGACAAUUAUUAA